AGUCGGGAGAUUCGGUGGUCCGAAGACGCUGGCUUGUGACACAGAGGGGGAGAAGGAAGGCCUGCUGGAAGGUUGCCUCUCCAUCCCUUCAGUCCCGGGCACCCUUGGAAAAAAGCCAACACCCGGCCCGCGGCAAGCCCCUUCCCCCAGGCUCUCUCCGCUCGAUUUCGCCACCGUUAUGUGGGAAGCGAAUCCGGAGAUGUUUCACAAAGCCGAAGAAUUCCUAUCCAAAACAACAGGUGGUGAGAUGGACGAGAUGGACACAUCAGAUACCCAGUGGGGCUGGUUUUACUUGGCAGAAUGUGGAAAGUGGCACAUGUUUCAGCCGGAUACCAACAUUCAGUGUUCAGUUAGCAGUGAAGAUAUCGAACAAAGCUUCAAAACAAAUCCUUGUGGCUCCAUUUCUUUUACUACUUCCAAAUUCAGCUACAAGAUAGACUUUGCAGAAAUGAAGCAAGUGAAUCUCACUACUGGAAAGCAGCGCUUAAUAAAAAGAGCCCCCUUUUCUAUCAGUGCUUUCAGUUAUAUCUGUGAAAAUGAGGCUAUCCCCAUGCCACCACAUUGGGAGAAUGUGAAUACUGACGUACCCUAUCAGCUUAUUCCUUUGCACAAUCAAACACAUGAAUAUAAUGAAGUCGCUAGUCUCUUUGGGAAAACAAUGGAUCGCAACAGAAUUAAAAGAAUUCAGAGAAUUCAGAACCUAGACUUGUGGGAGUUCUUUUGCAGGAAAAAGGCUCAACUAAAAAAAAAAAGCGGUGUGCCUCAGAUCAAUGAACAAAUGCUGUUUCAUGGUACCAGCAGUGAAUUUGUGGAAGCAAUUUGCAUUCAUAACUUUGAUUGGAGGAUAAACGGUAUACAUGGUGCUCUCUUUGGAAAAGGAACCUACUUUGCUAGAGAUGCUGCUUACUCCAGUCGCUUCUGCAAAGAUGACAUAAAACAUGGAAACACAUUCCAAAUUCAUGGUGUAAGCCUGCAAAAUCGGCAUCUAUUUAGAACGUAUAAAUCUAUGUUUCUUGCUCGAGUGCUGAUUGGAGAUUAUAUAAAUGGAGACUCCAAAUACAUGCGACCUCCUUCCAAAGACGGUAGCUAUGUGAACUUAUAUGACAGCUGUGUGGACGACACCUGGAAUCCAAAGAUCUUUGUGGUGUUUGAUGCCAACCAGAUCUAUCCUGAGUACUUAAUAGACUUUCAUUGAUCCAACUUACAAAUCUCAGUGGUCAAGGAAGUUUAUUCUUUCUUGCAGGAAGAUUUGCUCUCAUGUCAUCUAGCCACUAAUGUUAAUUAUCUGACACUUUUGAAACAGAUAUGAGAGAAAAAGUGGACUCCCUAUAAAAAGACAUACUGACUUUAAGGUUGGUUUUAUUGUUGUUUUGUUCCUGCUAGUUGUUCACCGUCUUGUUUGUUAAAGAUGGACACCAUUGCCAUUUUAACACCUCGCGGUGAAAGAUACCACUCAAAACUGAAUCAGCGGAGUCUCAGUUAGCAUGGUCAUUUAGAGUUAUUAAAGUUUCUCUGUGUGUUAUCAGGAUGAACGUUUUCAGGUGAGAUAGACUGAUUCCUAUAUAUGUUCAGAAAAUAAGUUAUAGACAUAAGCUGGUUGCUUCAGAGGAACUGAACCUUUGUAAGUUGAAUUCUGAUGUUACUGUCCACCAAUCUACAUGUUGCUUUGUUGGUCUUCUGAAACCUUGAAGCAGCCUGAGUAUUCUUGAGAGAAGUAGGAAAUAAGAAAAUUAUUUGCAGUCCUGCCAAACAAGCCAGAAGGAGAAAAUCAAGGUAGAGUCCCUGCUUCUGUCCGCCCAGGAUGGCAGGCUGCAGUCUCAGAUUGCUCCUGUCACUCCGCUGUCUCCUGCAUCUGAACUGACAAGUGCCGCAGCUGUCGUUAGCCUGCAGUUCAUCCACCGAGGCUCUGGAAUUCUUGUACUAAGACUUGCUGCACAAGGUGUUUAUUGCAGCUUUAAAGCAAAACUUUUAUUUACUAUUUAAAACACAUAUUUUCCCUUUGUUUUGGGGUUCUGACAAUGAUUACUUGUAAGAUAUUUUUAUCUGCUUCCCAACUACCACACACACACAGCUGUUCAACAGUGAUUUAUAAAAUUCACUUCCGAAUUGUAUUUCCCCAUUUUGAAUCAUUGGAUGCAUGGAACAAAUCUGGUUUAUUCCUUUCAGUAGCAAUUGACAAUCUGCUAACUCUCUUGAAAAGUUAGACAAAAUUCAUUAUCAUGUUUAAUGGAAGUUUGUUUCCCUGUUCUUUCUGUCUUGCUAUCCGAUUCUAGGAGAAGUAAUGUUGCAACAGCUUCCUGCCCCUAAAGGUAUUCUGGCAGACGCCGGGCAACUUGGCAGAUAUGUUGUAUAGGAGUUCAGGUAUCAGAUCAGGGAUUGGCCAUACAAUUGUUAACAGUUUUUCCAGCCUUAAUAUUCAAUAGUUCUACCUGAAAGAAAGAAAAAAAAAAGAACACUUGUAUCAAUCAUUUUCAAGAAAACCUUCAAUCUAAUACUGAAUUGUCUUCAUUAGCCUCACCCAGUUUUAGCUGAGAGUUAGUGAAUACAAUUUAACUUCUCAAGAAAAAUCCAGUAAAUGUUCAUGUCUGUGUUGUUCAGUUCAGUCAUUUGAAUUGGGAAGGCAUCUAAGCAUAAUAAAAAUGAAGAGUAUGGAGCAAGAUUAGGUUGGUGAUUCUUUACCUACUAUCUCCGCAUUUAUUAUAGCCCAGAACACUCGUAUUUGUGAGUCGAAAGUAAGCAGUACACAGGAAAUUGCGUGUACUGGUAUAAUACCAAUUAAAAGUAAAUGACAGCAAAGAUUUCCUGACUCAGAUAUGCAGACUAGCAGCCACUUUUGAUGAAGUGCUGUGAAUAUUUAGAAAGAACAUAUUUUAGAAAUAGUCAGAAAUCAUCAUGGAAAUAGCUGAGAAAAAGCCCACAGGCUGCCUUGGGAGUGGUAGUACACCAUUGCUCUAGCCCUGUUCACAAAGAACUUCUUUAGAGACAUUAGGAAUUUAGAUUUUUGAAAAUCUUUUGUGCUAUUUAUUUUUACACACCAAAAUGUUCACAUAGUCUCCAACAUGGCUGUCUUUUUUUUCUGAUUUAACAUGAUUUCCUCUCCCAUCACUUGACUGGAAUAACUAUUAUAAUGUCUGGGGGUUAUUUUUCAUUUAGACAUGUGCAGAUUUCAUCUCCGGGUGACUAAGAGCCCAGAGCUGAGAUGUGCAAGGCAAUCUGUGUGAACUUAAUUAGUUGGCUCAUCUGUAGGAAGCAGAGUGCACUGCAGUAGACAUUGUAAGAAAGAACUAUUUGAGAAUCUACUGUUAACUCUCCUUUUACAAGAAAGAGCCAAUUGAGAUCAUUUUUUAAUGUGACAGCAUUGAGUUAAUUGACACUAAAAUUCAGUUUCUCUGUGUUGAUCAGUAGAUUGAGUUGAGAAUCAUGGUGUCAGUAUGUUAUACAUGCUGGUCUGGACCCAUCCACUUGUCACCUUUUCUUCUUGGCAUCACAUAGUAGGGGUGGGCGAGGGAAGAGAAGCCACUCCAGGUUAAAGAAUCAGUGAUUUAAAAUAUUCUACAUUGAAUGAAUCCCAGCUGAUAGUGACCUUUCUUUUACACUUUGGUGAUAUCAGCCUCAGGGUAAAAAAAAAGUGUUUAUAAAGAAAGUUUCAUAAAUCUUGCUGUUAUGAGCAGGAAGGUUUUUGUACUAGUGUGACUUUCAUCUCUCUACUGUGAUGAUGAUGGUAAAGAAUUUGGAGCCAUUUUUGAUAUGUGAAAAUAUUGUUUUUACAUGUGGUGAUUAAAGCUCUCCAUCACAGGUCUUGGUUGUCUGUGUAUGCCACAUA